CCAUAACGUCUCAUCUGGGAUCAGCUUAGAUGAGAAAAACUGACCUGAAAUAGUGUGACGGCUCUCGGGUGUGUUUUGGGUGCCUCCACAUAUAAUGGAAAACUCUACAGAGGACUACAAGAUCCAGUCUUUUGACCAGGAUACACAGAUGCUGCUGAAAACAGCCUUGAAAGAUCCGAGUUCGGUGAACUUGGAUAAGGUGUCCAAUAUCAUCGUGGAUCAGUCUUUGAAGGACCAGGUGUUCAGCAAAGAGGCUGGACGCAUCUGCUACACCAUCGUGCAGGCUGAGGCCAAGCAGAACAACGGGAACGUGUUCAGGAGGAACUUGCUGAACCGGCUCCAGCAGGAGUUCAAGGACCGCGAAGAGACGAGGGGGCGCUCGCUGCAGGAGUGGGUGUGCUACGUCACUUUCAUCUGUAACAUCUACGACUACCUCAAAGUGAACAACAUGCCGAUGGCGGCCCUGGUCCAUCCUGUGUACGACUGUCUGAUGAGGCUGGCCCAACCAGACGCUCUCAUGAAUGAAGAGGAGGUGGACUGCUUGGUGCUGCAGCUGCAUCGCAUCGGAGAACAGCUGGAAAAGGUGAACAGCCAGCGGAUGGACGAGCUCUUUUUCCUGCUGCGGGACGGCUUCCUGCUCCAGGAGGGUCUCUCCUCCAUGGCCCGCCUGCUGCUGCUGGAGAUCCUGGAGUUCAGAGCCGGAGGUUGGGUGCUCAGCAGCACUGCCCACAAAUACUACUACAGUGAGAUCGCUGACUAGGACAGCUUAGUCACCACUGAUUAUAAAACCAGCAAUUUAAUGACGGACCUCCAGGUAAUCAGUGGAGGGGGUUUGAAAGGCUCCGGCAGUUCAUAAACUGUAAAAAGACUUUUCAUCUCGCUGGAUUGUUCCUUCAGUUUGAAAGUAUUACUAAAAGACACGGUGCUGUGGAUGUGGAAUGUGCAAUAGUUCAAGUUCAGUUAACGAGGUUUAGCUACGUCCAGGUAGACUUUGUUUAGAGUUUGAUGACAGCUAAAAAAAAAGCUGAAGUUAUUUUGUAUGUGUUUUUUUUUUAUCUUGCUGGCAUUCCUGUUUUAAAAAAGACAUUUUUAAGUCCAACUUUUUUUUUUUUUUACCAAAUCCAAAAGAGUUUGACAGUCCAGUCAGAUGCGAGUUGAUUUGGUAUUCGCUUUACUUUUUUUAUUGUUGAGUGACCAAUAUUUGAAUUAACUGAGAAUCUGUAUUUGAAUUACUUAGUUAAAUGUUUUAAGUUAGAAUUUAAAUAUUUUACAAAAGGUUUGAAUUGAAGUUCAGAGGAAUUUUCCACAUAAUCUGUCCAGUAGGAUUCCUGUGUUACUGUUUCUUAACCACUCGUUAUGUGAGGCCGGCUUUGUGCUUUAAAUUCAGGGAUUUUCUUUUAUACAUUUUAUUUUCUCUCCUUUUUUUUGUUACAGAAUACAAUGUGUUCAGCCUAUAAAUAAAAGACCAAAAGAUACAUAUUUAAACUGUUUCUACUGACAAAUUACAAUGAAUUCAGGUAUUGAAUUAUUUUCAGAACAUCUGGAUUCACAAGUUUGUAAAGCAAGUUGUGCCAAUAGAACAGCUGCAUCUAAUAAAGAUGACCUGACCAAGCCGACGCCGUUACUCAGCGCUCCAGGUGCUAGAGGAGGAACGUUUCCUCCCUUCACAUAAACACAGGUCUGUUCUGAACAUGAAGCUCAGUAUUUUUCUUUCAUUCCUCGUUGAGUAGACUUAAAUUCAGGUCCCAUCAGUGUGCUUAACACUGGCUGAACUCUUUACUGUUGGAGUCUGUUGAAACCUUUUGUUGAUUGUAAUCAGUGACAACUUUUAAAAUCUCCAACCAAAGCUGUGCCUGAGAAUCAGACACACAAACACAGGACAUAGUGUUUUAACUUUAUUAUCAACUAAUCUACCAAAUAACUACUUGAUUAUUGCUGACUGCAAUGUCCCAUAUCCAAUAUGUAACACUUCCAAUAGCUUAUUUAGUCUAGAUAUUGAGUUUACCAUCACUUUAGACUAAGUUGCUGAUUUCUUUUCUGUCUAUUGACUAAUCUCUCUUAAUAUUUUAUUAUA